UCUGCUUCUCUUGGGUGUCAUUGAAACGUCCUUCCUCAACGCACACGCAAGCUCCCUUGUACUUUUCUACGAGUUGAUCAUUGUGACGGAUGCGAAAACCGUCGCUGGGGACUCGACGGAGGACUCACGACUUCCACGCGAAGUGCGCAUCCUUUCUCCCUGACUACCUACGAGCUCCGAAGCGAAGAGCGCCUUCCUGGAAACAAGACUUUUUUUAUCCUGAGGCGAGGAGGAGACAGCGGAGCGUUCGCCGGCGUCCAACACCCAGCUAGCGAUCCUUUUCUCGCCUCCCCGAGUACGCGAACCUGGCGCCUCGAAGCAGAGACUCAACCCUGACGUUCUUCAACUCUUCAAGAUGAAAGGCGUUCUCGACACUGCUGUCGUAUGCGUCAAGAGGACUCUCGACUACGCCGUGAAGCCUCGCGUCCAGGCAGGCGCAACGACGAUGCAGACGGAAGGACUCAAGCACUCCAUCAAUCCCUUCUGCGAAAUAGCUGUCGAAGAGGCGGUUCGCCUCAAAGAGCGCAACGUCGUUAGGCGCGUCGUCGCCGUCUCUGUGGGAGGACCAGGCGCAGAGGAUGUGCUCAGACACGCACUGGCGAUGGGCGUAGACGAAGCCGUCCUGAUAACGUCUCCUUUCAAGCCGGACAUUCACCUUCAGCCUCUGCCGACAGCAAAGGUUCUGCGGCGCUUCGUUGAGACUCAGAACGCUCAGCUCGUUCUCCUCGGCAAACAGUCGAUCGACGGAGACAAUCGACAAGUUCCUCAACUUCUCGCCGGCCUGCUCGGAUGGCCGCAGGCGAUCUGCGUGCACCAGCUGGAAGUCUCUGGAGCCGCAGACGACCCAGCGAAGACGCAAGAAGAAAGGAAACCGAUGUUCACGGCUACGCGCGAAGUCGACAGUGCGCUGCAGACGGCGCGCUUCGCGCCGCCGGCAGUCGUGAGCUGCGACUUGCGUCUCAACAUGCCGCGAUUUGCCACUCUGCCGAAUUUAAUGAAGGCGAAGAAGAAGAAGAUUUCCGUCGUCGCUGCGGAGACCCUCGUCAGCGAAGCCGAUCUCGCGCCGCGCCUCGAAAUUGUCAGCAUCGCGGAACCUCCGCGGCGUAAACCGGGGCAGUGGGUGGCGAACGUCGACGAGUUGAUUGAAAAGCUGAUCACCGAAGCGAAAGUUAUUCACUCGUGAAGAAAGCUAAGGAGGCAGGAAGAACGGCCUCGACGAGAGAGGGAUACACCGGCAGCACGGGAAGGGGGAAAGGCGGGGGAAAUAGAGAGGUCGAAAGGCCGAAACGCAGCAUUCAAAGAUAAAAGCAGGUGUUUCAGAGAGAAAACCACCGCUUCACGAAACCAGACAGAGGUGGAAAACAGAGUUUCCGAUCGCCUCUCACAGCAGUGAGGUGGCAGCCAAGACAGAGACAGAGGGAAGGGAUCUAGGACUGUGCACCUUCUUCUGAGGUCGCGGACAGCGGGGAAAACUUGAUUCGCACAUAUCUCAACAAAGCGAAGGAAGACAGACAAAUGCAAAGCUCAGCUCUAGGAAGAGCUGCAUAGAUACCCUGAAUGCAGACUACAGCAGAUUCAAAAUCUGACCAAGAUUUUCGCUGAUGUACUGACACAUGUCGAGGUGGUGUGGUAGUCCUACAAAUCUAAACAUAAAUCCUGUG